GUCAACUCUCUUCUACUUGAGAUAUCGACAACCACAACACACCAUCAGAGACCGUCGCCUCCAACCCUCUCUCUCCUCCUAAAAGAAUAUUAAGCAGAAUAAAAAAAAACGCUCUACAGACUCCACACGCAGAUGAGCCAUUCCCUUUCUACGCCGCGAGUCCCAGCUGCGGAAUCUGAGUUGCCUCCGCUGGCGGUAACGGACGAAAACGCUGUUGCGCAACCUCCUGCCUCCGCCGCAAAGGCUGACAGCACUCCCCUCUUUCAUCCCAAAAAAACAUUUCUGCAGGACAUCGUCGCCCGCACAGGCCUGACUUCGCCGGACCAUCCCGAGCUUGACGACUUCAUCGGCCCACACGGCGUUGUCCCGCAGCUGCCGGCGAUCCCUGACAUCUUCGUACCGAGCGGUGACGUCACAUCAGGCAGGACAAGUCGAUCCGAUACCUCGUGCGACAGCGACGACUUCUAUGGCAGCCGCAAACACGGCAUUGAAGCGGUGUCGGGGCUGGCCUAUGUAAGUCGCUUCACACCUCACCUCGGCGUGGAGCUGCGGUACAAUAUCACCAGCAACUUUGCGGAGCUGGUGGCUGCGAGCGGUGAGGGUGGCUUCUCGGUUGAAGAGGCAGUGCGCCAUCUAGCACGCAAACAGCAUCAACCGCACGAUAAAACGGCCAAAGCGCCGCAUCCUGUGGAAGAGGCGUGGUGCGUGAACACACCUUUGAAUCCUGAGGUAUUACGUUUGUGUGUGCAGGCGAGGGUGGCACGGCUUGUGCAGCGAAAGGGCUGGACAGGGGUUGAUGCGCCGACAUCAAACUGCACCUUCAUUACUGCCCUGACUCGCCCCCGACCAGACUCAGAAAAAAAAAGGAUGCGGUACCGGCGACCUCCCGGCCUCUCUCGUAUGAGGGGAACCGCCCUCUGGACGCGGACGUGCAACGGGCGUUGCGAGAAGGCAUCAAAUCUGUGUUGUGCAAGGGCGACAUCGUGGUGGUGCUGA